GAAAAAGAUCUCUCCUAUUAUUGACGCCGUUUCCUUCCUCAACAAAAGGGAAAUGAAACCAAACGACUUCUCUCCACCUAGAAACAUGGCGAUCUCUGCAAACCCAGCCGCCCGUCUCCUACUCUUAACAGCUCUCGUCUCGCUCUUUGCGUAUCUCGCCACUUCCACUUCUGAUCCAGAAGAGCUCGUCAACGAACUCCUCUCUCAACAAUCCCAAUCCAAAAAUGGCGUAAUCCACUUAGAUGACCACUCCGUUUCUCGCUUCUUAACCUCCACCAAAACUCCACGCCCCUACUCCCUCCUCAUCUUCUUCGACGCCAAGCAGCUCCAUGACAAGCACGAGCUUCACCUCCAAGACCUCUACCUCGAGUUCUCUCUCCUGGCCUCUUCCUUCAUCACCAACAACCCCGACGAAUCCUCCUCAUCCUAUGGUAAGCUCUUCUUCUGCGACAUCGAGUUCAAAGAAUCCCAAUCUUCAUUCGGUCUCUUUGGCGUCAAUUCCCUUCCUCACAUACGCCUAGUGGGUCCAAAUGUGAAGAACCCUAAAGAAUCUGAGGCAAUGGAUCAGGGAGAUUUCUCUAGAAUGGCUGAAUCCAUGUCCAAUUUCGUUGCUUCCAGAACCAAACUCUCUGUGGGACCUAUUCACCGUCCCCCAAUUCUCUCCAGGAACCAACUGGGUUUGCUAUUUGCUGUUUUACUAAUCUGGACGCCGUUUAUGAUUAAGAAGGUGUUGACCGGCCAGACAUUGCUUCACGAUCCAAAAAUAUGGCUUGGUGGGUCGAUAUUUGUGUACUUCUUCAGUGUUUCUGGUGCAAUGCACAAUAUAAUUCGUAAGAUGCCCAUGUUUUUGGCUGAUCGAAACGACCCCAACAAGCUGAUUUUCUUUUACCAGGGGUCUGGGAUGCAGCUGGGAGCAGAGGGGUUCGCUAUUGGGUUCUUGUACACCAUUGUGGGGCUGUUGUUAGCGUUUGUGACUCAUGUGCUUGUAAUGGUUAAGAAUGUGGCUGUCCAGAGAUUGAUUAUGGUCAUUUCACUAGUGGUUUCAUUUUGGGCUGUGAAUAAGGUUAUCUACUUGGAUAAUUGGAAGACUGGAUAUGGGAUUCAUACUUUUUGGCCUUCGAGUUGGAAGUGAGGAUGCAGUUCAGAUUUCUAGAAGUGAAAGGUGAUCAUUUUGAUUAACUGAAACUAUAUUGGUGUAUGACUUUGAUGUUUCAAUGUACUAGUUUGCCUAGAAUAGAGGGCUACAUUUGAACUUUAGCUUCAGUUUGUUUUGCUGUUUCGCAAAUACUUAAAUUUUAUGCUAAAAGAUUUCGUCA